GGAGUCGGUUUCUGGUGGGUCUACUAUAAUUGGUGCAAAAUGAGUGUUCCUGACUACAUGCAGUGUGCUGAGGACCAUCAAACUCUCAUGGUUGUGGUCCAGCCAGUUGGGAUUGUCCCUGAAGAAAACUUUUUUAGGAUGUACAAACGAAUUUCAACUGUGAGUCAGAUUAAUGUCCGUGACUCCCAGCGUGUGCUAUAUAUCCGCUAUAGACAUCACUACCCUCCAGAAAACAAUGAAUGGGGGGAUUUUCAGACUCAUCGGAAAGUUGUGGGGCUCAUAAUCAUAACAGACUGUUCCUCUGCAAAGGAUUGGCCCCAAACUUUUGAAAAAUUCAUCCUUCAGAAGGAAAUAUAUGGUUCUACACUCUAUGAUUCCCGAUUGUUUGUCUUCGGGCUUCAAGACGAGGUUGCAGAACAGCCCCGCACAGAUGUGGCAUUUUAUCCUAGUUACGAUGAAUGUGAAACUGUGGAGAAGAGAAUAGAAGAUUUUAUUGAAUCUCUCUUCAUUGUACUGGAAUCCAAACGUCUUGACAGGGCCACUGAUAAAUCUGGUGACAAGAUCCCACUUCUGUGUGUCCCUUUUGAAAAAAAGGACUUUGUAGGUCUGGACACUGAUAGUAGACAUUAUAAGAAACGUUGUCAAGGUCGGAUGCGGAAACAUGUUGGUGAUCUGUGUCUACAAGCUGGGAUGUUACAAGAUUCCUUGGUACAUUAUCAUAUGGCUGUGGAACUUCUGCGUUCUGUAAAUGACUUUUUGUGGCUCGGAGCUGCUCUUGAAGGUUUAUGCUCGGCAUCAGUUAUCUACCACUACCCUGGUGGCACAGGAGGUAAAGCUGGGGCUCGUAGGGCACAAGGUAGUUCUCUUCCCGCUGAGGCAAGCAACAGACACCGACCAGGGGCACAAGAAGUUCUCAUUGACCCAGGUGCCCUCACUUCAAAUGGUAUAAAUGCAGAUACCAGUGCUGAAAUAGGACGUGCCAAGAACUGCCUUGGCCCUGAAGACAUCAUAGAUAAAUAUAAAGAGGCCAUUUCUUACUACAGCAAGUAUAAAAAUGCUGGUGUGAUUGAGUUGGAAGCCUGUGUGAAGGCAGUGAGAGUCCUAGCAAUACAGAAAAGAAGCAUGGAAGCUUCUGAGUUUCUUCAGAAUGCAGUUUAUAUCAACCUUCGUCAGCUUUCUGAAGAAGAAAAAAUCCAGCGUUACAGCAUUCUCUCUGAAUUGUAUGAACGUAUUGGAUUUCACCGAAAGUCUGCGUUCUUCAAGCGUGUAGCAGCAAUGCAGUGUGUGGCACCUAGCAUAUCAGAGCCCGGUUGGCGGGCCUGCUACAAACUGCUUUUGGAGACACUUCCUGGAUAUAGUCUGUCUUUGGAUCCAAGGGAUUUCAGCAAAGGAACUCAUAAAGGAUGGGCUGCAGUGCAAAUGCGUUUGCUUCAUGAGUUAGUGUAUGCUUCAAGAAGAAUGGGAAACCCUGCUCUCUCUGUCCGACACUUGUCCUUCCUUCUCCAAACCAUGUUGGAUUUUCUCUCUGAUCAAGAAAAGAAGGAUGUAACACAAAGCUUAGAAAACUAUACAUCAAAAUGUCCUGGGACGAUGGAGUUCAUCACACUUCCAGAAGGUUUGAGGUUACCCCCCGUGCCGUUCACCAAGCUACCUAUUGUAAGAUCUGUGAAACUCUUGAAUCUCCCCAUCAGUCUUCGGCCACAGAAAAUGAAAAGUUUGUUGGGUCAGAACAUGUCAGCCAAAAGUCCCUUCAUAUACUCUCCAAUUAUUGCACACAAUCGUGGAGAAGAGCGAAGUAAGAAAAUAGACUUCCAGUGGGUCCAAGGAGAUGUAUGUGAAGUUCAGCUGAUGGUGUACAAUCCUAUGCCCUUUGAACUCAGAGUAGAAAACAUGGGUCUCCUGACAGCCGGAGUAGAAUUUGAAUCUCUCCCUGCAACUCUUUCUCUACCUGCUGAAUCUGGCCUCUACCCAGUGACCCUUGUUGGUGUUCCUCAGACUACUGGGCAGAUCACUAUCAAUGGCUAUCAUACUUCAGUCUUUGGAGUCUUCAGUGAUUGUCUUCUGGAUAACCUGCCAGGAUUAAAGACAAAUGGCUGUGCAGUAGAAGUCAUUCCAGCUUUGCCAAGGCUGCAGAUCAGUACCUCUCUACCAAGGUCUGCUCACACACUGCAGCCUUCCUCAGGGGAUGAUAUUUCCACCAGUGUAUCUGUCCAGCUUUACAAUGGAGAGACCCAGCAACUUGUCAUUAAAUUAGAAAAUAUUGGAACAGAACCUCUGGAGAAACUAGAGGUCACAGCAAAAACAGUCAACGCAAAAGAAAAGCUGUAUGGUGAGUUCCUGAGUUGGAAGCUAGAAGACACUCUCUCUCAGUUUCCCCUAAAACCUGGGAAGAUUGCAACAUUUAAUGUAAACAUUAAAGUGAAGCUGGACUUCUCCUGUCAAGAAAACCUUCUGCAAGACCUCAGUGAUGAUGGAAUAAGUAUUAGUGGACUUCCACUUUCCAGUCCUUUUCGACAGAUUGUCAAACCACGAGUAGACAGCAAACCUAUCAAUCCAGCUGAAAGCGGCAAAGUUGGUGACUUCAGUCAUGUAAAGCCUCUUCUCCAUUGACUUCACCUUAUUUGACCACCAGUGGAAUCGUGUCAGGUGGUUAAUGAAGAAAGAAGCAUUUUGUUAAUCUUCUGAAAAUACCAU